AUGGGCCAUGAAAAGCACGACGAAAAGCUGGUAAAAACGGUACAGGACCUGUUGUCGAGUCUGGGUCGAGUUGGAUUGGCCUGGAGAGGGGUCUGCAUUUGCCCUCAUAUCUUGCCGCGGCACGUCGGAUAUUGGAGAUGCAUGACCAUGCCUUUCGACUGCAUCGAGACACGAAUGAAGGGAUGGGCAGGGUCUGGUAGACUGUUGAAAGAGGUUAGACUGGCUGCAAAGCCAAACCAGAUAUCCACCCAAUGCGAUCCAAACUUGUACAAGUUGACUUCCGUGACAGCAGGCAGAUUGAUCAAGCCUCAUUGUGCUUUUGGAGGUGUGGCAAGAGGUUGGCUUGUGGUGCGUGGUGAAGGAUACUACAGGUACUCGGUAGGUAUUGAACGACUCAAGGAGGAGGGUAGGGAGAUUCCGGAAGCAUCUUCGCAACGGCGGCUGGAUUCGGCGAGAGGAAAGCGUGAUCAGCUCUGGGUUAAGCCGGCGCCAAUGGAAUGGCUGCCGACUCCGGCACGGUUUCUUCACAUGCUCGAGAGCCGCCGCUACCCCGCGCAACAGAUUUGGGGGGGAGUUGGCAGCAGCUUCGACUUUUACGGACGGAAGCAUGGCGUUGCAGAAUCUCGGGAACCGGCAGACGUACGGGAACUGCGUGCAGUCGGGUUGCAGAAUGUUUUCCCAUGGCCCGGCUGUGUUGCUGCUGCUGCUAUGUACUGCUGUACUUUCCCCAGAGCCCAGCGUCCCCAGGUACGGCGGAGCUUCGGCAACUCGGCCAAUGACGGCAAUGAGGAAAGACUGGCUGCGUUUCGCCCCAAAUCCGUCUUCCCCUUUGAGCCGAAUCCAGACCUCUCGCCCGACGUCACCCCUUUCUCACACUGCCCGGUCUUUAGUGCAGCGGAGAGCAUUCAUUCCGCUCCCCCACACCAGGCACUCCAACAAGGAGACGCCACCAUUACCUAUUCUCCUCUCUCUCCACGGAACAGACCACGAGGAGAAGCAGGGUCAUUCAAAGGUAUCUGGUACUUGCUCCAGGAGCUUGUUCCGAACUAUUUUCAGCUUCCGAGGUUUGUUUUACCCACGGUCCUGGCACCCAGCCAAGAUUUCGUUCGCCCUACCAAAGACCAUAGACACACCACUCACCUUAUGCUUUCCCAUGCCAACAACCAGCGUUCUUCACACUGUCCAUUGACUGGCCUGGGCCAGAGGUCAGAGGUACAAGCCUCGAAACAGAUAUUGACUUUCUUUCUCCUCCUCUUCUACCUCUCCAAGCACCAUCAUCUCUUCCCUCGAACUCGUUGA